AUGGCGUCGAGCUCAACCUCCACCGCUACCUCAACCCCGUUCGCCCUCGAACUCCUCCCGCACCCUCCCUCCCCCGCAGCCAAGUCGCCGCUCGCCUCAAUCACUACCCGCCAAUCGACAAGCCGCAGCCACGAUGAGGAGAACUCGCCUGUGGGCGACCAGCCACCGGAGGGCGCAAUGGUCUUUGAGAGGCCGAAUGUCUCGGAGGUGAAGGGACGGCUGAUUGCUGCGAACUUUGCAGUCUUUUUGGCAGGGCUGAGUGAUGCGAGUACAGGUGCGCUGAUCCCGUAUUUGCAGGAUGCGUAUGAUGUGGGGUUGCUGUUUGUGGCGCUGAUAUAUCUAACCAACUUCGCCGGCUGGCUGGUGGCCGCAUUUACUAAUGUGCAUCUCACCGCGCGGAUUGGCAUGGGCGGAGCAUUCGUCUUUGGCGCAUUCAUGCAAAUGGCCGCCUACUGCAUCAUGUUCUGGAAACCCCCCUACCCUGUCUUCGUCUGCUCCUUCUUUUUCUGCGGCCUCGGUCUCGCCUACCAAGACGCACAAGCCAACGUCUUUGUCGCAAAUGUCAACAACGCCCACCGCUGGCUCGGCCUCCUGCACUCCCUCUACGGCGCCGGUGCCCUCAUUUCACCGCUGAUUGCGACGCUUAUUGCGUCCAAGACGCCGUACUGGCACUAUUUCUAUGUUGUUGCGCUUGGCUUCUCCGCCCUAAACCUGGGAUUGUUGAGCUGGAACUUCAGGAAGGACCUGAAGGGGACUGCGGCGGCAAGGGAUAGUGCGGGUAAGGACCUUAAGAGCGCGCUGAAGGAGCGCAGUGUCAUAAUCUUGAGUCUGUUCUUCUUCUUGUAUGUCGGUGCAGAGGUCACCGCAGGAGGCUGGGUCGUCGAAUUCCUGAUCCGUGUCCGCGGCGGCAAAGCCAGCGAAGUCGGCUACGUCGCCUCCGGCUUCUGGGGCGGCCUGACCGUUGGCCGCCUGGUGCUCGCCGACAUCACGCACCGGCUCGGCGAGCGGCGCAUGGUGAUGUUCUACGUUCUUCUCAGCGUUGUCGUGCAGCUCAUCUUCUGGUUCGUGCCCAGCCUUGUCACGAGCGCUGUAAUGAUCAGUUUGCUGGGCUUCCUGCUGGGCCCGCUGUUCCCCACGGGGAUCUCGGUGCUGACGAAGCUGCUGCCGAGAGAGCUGCAUACGGCGGCUGUGGGCUUCUCCGCGACGAUGGGGCAGGCCGGGUCGGCGGCGUUUCCGUUUAUGACGGGCGCAAUUGCGGCGAAGAGCGGUGUCGGCGUGCUGCAGCCGGUGUUGGUGGGGUUGUUGGCUGGGAUGGCGGGGUUGUGGGUGUUACUGCCGAGGACGAGGAGGCCGACGGCGUAG